AUGACAGUACUUUUUAGCCAUAGACGACCGUGGUAUGUAUUUUUCUUAGUAUCAUUCAGUCCUUACCGAUCUGUGGACAGCACAAGUCUCUUGAAUGAAGCCAUAUUGAGAAAGGAGGAAAACAAUCUCGAAGAUGAAGUACCACUCAAAUACGGGGUCGAUGUUUCCUUCCCAAUGCAUCACAUCCCAUCUAGUUUUUCAGCAUCCAGUUGCAAGUAUACAGAAGAGAAUCGAGUUUGUAAGACAACGCCUUUGACUAAGUUCGCUCAAGAUCGGUUGGACUAUUACCACUACAAUUUUCUGAAAGGAUGCAAAGCCGCAUUUGGAGAGGAUUGCCUUCGUUCCGAAAAAGAGCGGAUUGAAAUGGCCCAUCGACAACCUCAGACAAUGAAGAACAUGACUUCUGGCUUGGGAUUCCGCAAACUGAGACUGCCUCCAGAGGUUUUUGAGUCCAUCCUCGAGUUUUGGCAAACAAAUCGCCAUGAAGCAUACGAUGAGCCAUGGCCAGCUGGAGGUACUUAUAUCAAUCACUGGGAGACACCGCCUGGAGUCGUUCGAGUUGAUAACACGUCGCUACCAGGGGGUGGAUAUGACUUGACUAGCCAGGUGUGGGAAGCUCUCAGACCGAUCGUUUCGGAAUGGACAGGCCAGCAUCUGGAAGAAGCGAGUAUGUAUGGGAUUCGCAUUUACAAAACGGGAAACAUUCUGGCCACCCAUGUGGACCGACAGCCACUGGUUAGCUCGGUCAUCAUUAAUGUAGAUCAAGACUUGGACGAGCCGUGGCCUCUGGAAGUGAUUGGGCACGAUGGACUUGCUCACAAUAUCACCAUGGAACCUGGUGAUCUUGUCCUCUAUGAGUCACAUUCUAUCUUGCAUGGGCGCCCGUAUCCUCUAAAGGGACGCUUCUUGGCGAACAUGUUCGUUCAUUUUGAACCCACAAGGCCUGAUGCCCCAAAGAACUCUCCCCCAAUCUACAGGCUUCCAAUGAAAAGGAGCGAUAAGAAGUGUACACCCACGCUAAAACAAGGGAGAGUGAUGUGUAUUUUUGAAUAG